CAGCUCUCCAGUUGAUCAGUCUGCUCAGGAAACUUGUGCUGGAGAAAGUACUGGAGUCCAAACUGAAGAGAAGAGAGAUUUUGUGCAAAGAUUAUUGCUCCUGCAGAGGACAACAUCUCGGGGGGAAAAAAUAGCAGCUAUAUUUUAAAUUUGAGCUGUUUUUGCAGGGUGCAAAGCCUGUAAUUGAUGUUUUUGAAACAGAUAGCAACACUCUUGGAUAAAGACUCUUGGCUUUAGCUUUAAAAAUCGGAUUAUCUGACUGAGGCAUUGUGCUCAUUAGACCAGUCUACUUUUUUCCCCCUCCUCUUCGCAUUUGAGGUUUUUAUGCUAUAACUGAAGAGAACACCAACAAUGUUUCUGAGUUUUUGCCUCUUGGUGACAUUUAUCUUGGGGCUGUCCGGGUGCUUGGGCUCAUACGUGCCGUGCGAGCCCUGUGACCAGAAGGCGCUGUCCAUGUGCCCGCCGGUCCCGGUCGGCUGCCAGCUGGUCAAGGAGCCGGGCUGCGGCUGCUGCCUAACGUGCGCCCUGUCGGAGGGGCAGGCGUGCGGCGUUUACACCGGGACGUGCACCCAGGGUCUCCGCUGCCUGCCGAGGAGCGGGGAGGAGAAACCCCUGCACGCCCUUCUCCACGGCAGGGGAGUGUGCAUCAACGAGAAAGGAUACAAACCUGCGCACCCGCCCAUAGAUCGCGAGUCUCGAGAACAUGAGGACACCAUAACCACAGAGAUUACUGAGGAGCUGCAGCCAGCUAAAGUGCCACUCCUCCCCAAAGACAUUGUGAACAGCAAAAAAGUUCAUGCACUGAUCAAGGAGCAGAAGAGGAAGCUCGGCAAGCAGCGCUCCAUGGGCUCCCCCAUGGACUACUCCCCUCUGCCGAUCGAUAAGCAUGAGCCUGAAUUUGGUCCAUGCAGGAGAAAACUGGAUGGGAUCAUUCAGGGGAUGAAGGACACUUCUCGUGUAAUGGCUCUGUCUUUGUACCUUCCCAACUGUGACAGAAAAGGAUUCUUCAAGCGCAAGCAGUGCAAGCCGUCCCGUGGCCGCAAACGAGGCAUCUGCUGGUGUGUGGACAAGUACGGCGUUCAGCUCCCUGGCACAGACUACAGUGGAGGGGACAUUCAAUGUAAAGACCUGGAGAGCAGCAACAACAAUGAGUGAAAAAGGGGAGGACCACCCUUGACCCCCAUCCCCCCACCCCUAACCACCACGUGACCCAGGGCCCACGCCUCCUCUCUGAAUCACAUCUGUAUGCUCCGCCCUCCGUUCACUUCAAGAUUUUUCUUUUUUCAAAUUGAAAAACAAGGAAGAAAAAAAUCCAAACGAAAGAACAGGCUGAAAAAAAGACACCUGUAUUUUUUUUCUUUUCUUUUCUGUUGUUGACCAAGCACUCAUCUCCGAAUGAGGGGAAAGUCCCAGAAGAUUUACUAGAUCCCUUGACUAUUGGGACCCCUUGUGUGAGGCGGGUCCCCUGGCUGCAGAUCAAUGAAAAUAUAUGCACACAAUGGAUGUAUUUUUAUAGAAGCUGGGGGUUUCAAUACAACAUUUUGUAUGAUGUAAAAUUAACACAAAAUCAUGGUGAAGAAAAAGAAAAAGUAUCAGGCACAUUGAUUGAAAACAGAUCAGUUUAGGCUGACAUGAUGAUGCCACUGUGGAACUGACGAUUGGCAGAGUAAUUUGGUUUUUCUGUCUGUUUUCCAAAAGAAAAAAAAAGAAACAAUUGAUAGGGAUAUACUGUAACAGUUGACUCUAUCUGGGUAUGUUGUUCUGUCAGAGCACUUAUGAAUAGGGGAACCUGCUUAGAUAUAUGUAACUUCACAAAAUGAUGCGUGCAUGAAUGCGUGUAUGUGUACAGUGUGUUUGUGUGUGUUGUAUGUUUCCGCCUGUGUUGGUGUAUGAUGGAGUGAGCCUAUUACAAAAAGAAUGUCCUUUUUUUCUUUCUCUUUUGUUUGAUUUUGUCAUAACAAGUAUUGCUAGCGCUUGAAGUGGUCUUGGGGCUGGCCUUCUCUAUAACCGAUGUAAAGUAUGUCUCUGGACACGGAGCGUUUGGAAAAAACGAAAGAGCAAGCAGAUGGUCACAGAUGAACCUAUUUAAGUGGCUCUUCGACAAUGUAGCUAGCCUGAUAUGCCAACUGUGCCUAUUUAAACAGACACUGCCAUGCAGGGCGACACAGAGCUUAGAGAGCGCUGACUCUACCGGUGAAAUAAAGAUUUUCAGCUUAAGCGAUGGGACUCAAGUUUGACUUCGAUCUUUCGAGUUGAGUGCAUAAUCAAACUUGCCAGUCAGGCCAGUUGCUUCUCUGAUUCAGUUGUGUGAAGUGUAGUUUUGUAUGGUUUUGUUUGUGCUGUUUUCUUUGCCUUCAGUGAAGUAAAGACCGCCCACUUUUGAGCCAUGUUCCUUUAUCAAGUGGUUUCCCCUCAGUACUGCUACUACAGUGUAACCAUGGUGUAUUACAUUACUUUUAAAUAUAGUUAUUGAAUGUUGUUUUUCCUGUAGAAACAUAGUAUGACAACAAUGUAAUUGUGCUUGGAAAAAAAAGAUUUUUAGCCUGUAAAGAAUUUGAAUAGGUCCUUGAAUAGCCUGUCAGGAGAAUGACCCAGAGUCAUCAGACUACAGGGCAGUCAAAGAAGCUAACCCUCUGGAAUCCUUCUGCUCACAUGUCUCCGUGCAAAGGUUGUACAUCUACAGGGAGCAUGAUCAAAACAACAAGGUUACAGGUUAUAACAGGGUCAUUUUAAGAGUUAUUCUCUCUCUGUGUGCAAGUCACAGUGCCUUCCUACAUGCAAAUACAUUUUAAUAGCGACGUGAAAGUGACAUGGAUAUCAAUGGGGCAAAUUUUUCUUUGUCAGACAGCCCCUUGUCGCGGCUGAUACAGCGAUCAAGAGGUUUAGGUUUAGUUCUGAUUCAGAGAAGAACAAUGAAUGUGGUAGGUCCUGUUAAUGUUGUCAGCAAUGCAUUUGUAAUCUCCGCCUGUACCUCGGGGCAAUUCUGGACAAGAAUGAUGUGUGAGGAACUGCAGUCAGUCAAACCUCCAUCAUCUCUUUCUUUGACAACCAAUAAGCUAAGAUUCUUGCUUUUUUUCAUGUGAAUGCCAAUGUAUAUGAUUGCCAGAGAGGGGAAGCCAAAGGAUGUUUGGAGAUGAAUCAACAAAAGAGAAAUUAUACAUGCAUCCUAAAUGGCUUCCAGUUGUGAAUAUAUUAUCAAGGCUCCUUAGCCCCACUUCCAACACCAAAUCCCCACUACCACUUUCGAAAAAAAAAAGCAGCUUGCACUUAUUUCAGUUACUCACUUUUGAUAUUGACACACAACGACGUCCUAAGAUGUGGUAUCAUGAAGUUGGUGGAACAGAAAAAAAAAAAAACAGCCACAAAAGCUAAAUGUUGUGUUAUCUUGUGCUUACCUUUUAAAGGUGGUGCUUUGAGGUAAUAUUUGUCGACAGGGGCUGUGUAGCCCAUGCCUGGGACCUCCAAUACAGCAACAUCUUUUAGGGAAAAUAGAUUUAAAGUAACACGCAGCUAGAAGUGUUCUCAUGGCCAAUUGCACAGAGAUGAGAGUUGAGAUAAAAGAGAUGGAGGGGAAAGGAAAGAGGAAGGAGCGAGCGCCAUGGGCAGUGGUCAUAAUCAGGGCCUAGCCACUUCCCCAAUAUGGGGUCACCAAUUGCAUGACAUUAGAUACAGUUAGCAAUACAGUUACUGGGAAUCAUGGAGAUCUAGGGAAUGAAAUACUGGAACCAGGAGUAGAGUAUCUCUUUGAUUUGAUACUCAAAAAACAAGAGAAUAUCUGAUAUCUGGGACCAUUCACCGUCCACCAACCAAGUGUACGAAUACUGUUCCAAUAUCAAGAAACUGCACUGGCAAUUACAUUUAGAGGGAUACGUAGUUUCUCCUGGAUUACGCUUGUUUUUGAUGCAUCACAAAUACAUUUCUAAUCAAAGUCUGAGUAACUCCACAAAGGGAGAUCAGCCAGGAUGGAUGGGUCAAACAAACUCAGGACUUUCAUCCAAGAGACCAAUGUUCGUGUCUGGUAUGAAACAAAAUGUCAUUGUUGAUUUAUUUUUACUUGUGUUCGUAAGACAAAUACAAGACACAGGAAAAACAUGGGGCUUUCACUUAGGAGACUGCUGUUUGUGUCCCUUGUGAAACCAAAAGUCAAUGUUAUUUCAACCUAUCCACGAUCUUUUACUAAGCCUAACCAAGUAUUUGUUUCAUUUCACACCUUUAAGACUGCGGCUGUAAUCCAGGAGAAAAUGGGGUUCUGUCAAAACGUAAUGGAAAAUGCAGUUUCACUGAACAGGAAUGUAAUUUGUGAGGAGGCUGGGCUGGAAUACUUCCAGGUAUUUGUUUCUUUUGUUUAGACUGUAGGUUGAGGAUCAGGGUUUAAGAAAAGUCUCUACUAGCGUUAGUGACUUCCUUUUCCAGACUCCUGUUUGUAGUAGUGACUUCCUUAGGUUUCACAUCUCCUGCUUGGUUUAAACUCAUAUUCACAUUUCAUACUUCAGUAGUACAGUAAUGACAGUACACCUUUUUUUCUGAGUACAUAACACUUUCUGGAUGUAAUGAGUCAAUACAAUUGGUUUUCAUUAAUUUGGUGUUCACUGGCUUGUGAAAUGGACCCAUCGGUGGCAGGAGGACAGUGGGAAAUAAAAUGGUCAGUAUUUGGAACUACAUAAAACAAAUAAGAAAAAAAAAAAGGAAAAAAAUCUCAAAUUAUUAAAGUGAAUAUCACUGUGUAAUAUUUAUUCAACUUGUAAUUUAUGUACUCUUUUAACCUUUGUCUUUUUUUGUUAUGACAAAGCAUUUAUUUAAAUAAAGUUAUGUAUUCAUUUAA